UGGAACAUGAGUAACUAUCCCAGCAGCAAGAUCCAGUCUCAUACUAAGAAAUACUUGCUAGACCAGUUGCACCUGUUACUUCUUACUUGUGGUUUCAGUGGAAUCAGUGCGAUAAGGAAGAGGCAUUAAGCUAUAUUUUCUCUGGACGUGUAAAAUUGCACAGCAAGGUCAGUUUGUUUCUGUAUUAUCUCGUAUGUACUUAAACCUUGAUUAUCUUUUGCUACUGAUAGUAUGUUUGCUGUAAGAUGAUUUAUAAUAUGAUUACACUGCAAAACUGAUUAAUGCCAAAUAUAUGGCGUUGUAAUACUUCCUGUGUUACAUUUGUUUGUCAAAUCUACUAGUCACAUAUAACUUCACCAUGGUGUUGGGUGAUAAGUGAAAGGUGCUGGCUUGCAGCAGUAUGUGUUGUAAGAGGAAAAUAAAUAAAUAGACCCCACAGACUUCUUUGAUAUGCACUGAAUAGAAUGAAGCAUGUUAAUGUUUCUAUAAAAUAUUACUAACUUUGGAAACAAUGAACUAAGGGUUGAGAAACUCAUUUUAUUUAUUUUUUUAUAAUAAUUCUGAAAUAUGUUUGUAAUCCAUGUAAGCGUUUCCUAGAGUUAAUAUUUGUUCAUGUUAACUGUAGAUACAAGAUGGACUACCAAUGCAUGGGGAAGACUCCUUGAAACUUGAAUUAAAACUCAUGGUUGAUGGUGCUAACAUAUAAACAGCUGUAUACUGCCUCCAUUAAGCUAUAACAGAGUCAUUUACCAGACACUGGAGGGGAGAAUCAUUUGUUAGUAUUGCACAGAUCACUAUAUAUUUUUACUAACGUGCAUUUGCAGAUUUCUAAUACAUAAUUAAAUCCAUCAUUUACAUUAAAGAGGUUGCUACUAAAUAUUUGUUUAAAACCCUUAAAAAUCUGAAGUCAUAAGCUUCUAAAAAAACGGUGUGCUUGUAGAUUGGGAUAGUGCUGAUACAAUGUUAACAUUCUGAGGAAAAAGUUGAACCUUCCAAGUACCAUAAUUAAUACAGUACUUCUGUAGUGUUUAUGGUGUCAGAAAUGCCCUGGUGCCCUCCCAGAGUAUAUUGUCAAAACGUAAGGAUAAGUCAGAUAUCUCCAUGAUGCUAAGAGCAACCCAAUACAGCUAAUUUCCAGAGAGUGUUCAUCUGAAGCUCUUUGUCGAUGAGAGUGGCCCACAAAGCUCUGUUUAGCUAAGUGGAGUGGGCACCAGCGUUUGUGGUGUUUGGAGUGUACUUUUUAAUACAACAGUGCUGUUUAAUUAUGGAAACUAUCAUAUAUGUGAUGCUACAUUCAAACUGACAUCUUUGGUAUGUGCAAAUAAGAUAAAGUAGAAAGAAAAAUCCAAAAGACACUUAAUUUCAUUAUUUGAAGAAUGUAACUUCUGUUUCUGCAGGUUCAGUAAAUUUGCUUGAGUACGCAUGUGAAGGAAAAAUAAUGUCCAGAUCGGAAAGACGUGUGCACAGUGAGAAUGUCCCAUCAUCCCAGGGUACCUCGUAUGACAGGCCUAGGAGGGACCGUCAAGGCUACAGAGACAAGGAAAGCACCCGAGACCGACCUUACCGAGAAAGGGAACAAAAUAGAUCACAUACUUCAAAUGGAAGGUUUGACACCCCAAAUGAUUUACAUUCUUUGAAAAAACACACAUUUUAAGAUAAAUCUGAUUUUUGUUUUUAAUUAAGUGCUUCUAAAAGGAAUCUUUUCAUUUAAACCGCAUAAAACAAUAUACAGUGCCAAUGUUUACAAACCACUGUUAAAAGGAUACUAAAGUCACCCAGACCACUUCAUCUCAAUCAAGUGGUCUGGGUGCAGUGGCACUGUCCUUUCAAUCCUCCAAUGUAAAACAUUAAAUCCACCUCUACUGGCUGUCAUACAAUGCUUUCUGUACUUGCCGCACAUGAGCAUUAGGUCCCCAGGGCUCCUCUAUGAGGACCAAUGGAGUGGACCACCUCGGAGGAGGCCAUGCCUCCUUCAUGAUGUCUCGAAAGUUGGUUGAGGUGAGAAAAAAAAAGGUAAGGAAAUAUUUUAUAUUAUUACAUUUGUUUGAAAAGGAGGGGAGACCUCUAUCUAUCUAGGGACAGGGCACUCUAGUGUUAGGAAUACCAACAUCCAUUCCUAAUGCUAUAGUGUUUCUUUACAGUGAGGGGGAAAAGUAUUUGAUUACCUGCUGAUUUUGAACGUUUGCCCACUGUCAAAGAAAUUAUCAAUGUAUAAUUUUAAUGGUAGGUGUAUUUUAAGAGUGAGAGACUGAAUAACAAACAAAAAAUCCAGAAAAACGCAUGUCAAAAAAGUUAUACAUUGAUUUGCAUGUCAAUGAGAGAAAUAAGUAUUUGACCCCUUCGACUUAGUACUUGGUGGCAAAACCCUUGUUGGCAAUCACAGAGGUCAGACGUUUCUUGUAGUGGGCCACCAGGUUUGCACACAUCUCAAAGAAAAGUGCAAAAUCUUUCACUAUGUCACAGAAAAAUAUUACAAUGACCAAUUUUCACUAAUAUCACUAUAUGGUGUUUAAGUGAAUAUUGAGUGUUUGAUAGAACAAAAGAGGAUAUAUAUAUAUAUAUAUAUAUAUAUGAACUUCCCUUUUAGUUAUGGAUUGAACCCGAAGAUCUCCUCAAAUCUUCCACAAAUACAUAAGUAAAAAUAUUAGGGUCCAUCCAACUAUAGGGAAAUAGAGAAAAACCUAGUGUGUAGUUCUGGGCUGAUUUCCCCACCGUUCUCUUCUCAUGAUCAUUGAAACUCCAAGAGGUGAAAUCUUGCAUGGAGCACCAUACCGAAGGAGACUGACAGUUAUUUUGUGUUUCUUCCAUUUGCGAAUAAUUUAAUUAAUUAUUCCAAGCUUCAGGGUUGUAUUUCUAUGUGUGGUUUCCUCAUUCUGAAGUUCAGAUUUAGUCACUUGACUGUUAACAGAAUUAUGUGCUCAAUUAUACUAAUAUCUGAAUUCCGUUUGGCUUAUAUUAUUUUGGAGAGCUAUUGUAUCAGAAGGUAUGAUUAUAAAUAUGUAGAGCUAUAUUUAAUGGGGCAAUUCUGAGACCAAACAUUUGAGCAAUAUGCAGAUAAUGUUAGCAUUUAACAUUUAUGUUGCUCAGUUUACAUCUAAAUAUGCUAAAUAUGGCUGUUGUGUGAAAAAUUAAGAAUUACUGAAUACAUGAACAUUUCUCAUUUUUGGCAAAGUACUGGGAAUUAUACAUCUGGGGAAGAAGUGUGUGUGAAACAGAUAUAGUUUUCCUUUGCUUAACAAUAUUGUUCUACUUGAUCCUCCACAUCAGUGCAAGGAAGCCACACCUAGGGCCUACCUAUUUUAUUAAUAUUUAAUUUACAGGAGGAAAAAUUGUCAUCUAAAUCUAUAAUUGAUAGGAUAUUUUGGGAUCCUGCUAGUGUACCUAAAAUAGAGGAUAAAACAUAGUGCAAAUAUUGCUUGAUACUAUAAAAAAUUGAUGAUUAAUAUGUACUCACGUAUUCCAAAAUGGUAAAGCGUAUUAUGGGUGCCUCCCCACGAUGUAGAUGGGGGGGUUUCUCUUUAAAUAUCACUCCUCAAGUGAUAGCCGAUGGGGUAUCAAGGUCAGCAAGAUGGUCCAACAAACUGCAACCCAAAGAAUACUUCAAAGGCGAUUUAUUCACUUCUUAAAAUCAGGAGGUGUACAAAUAAAAAUUAUAAAAGAAAAUAUGAAACAAACACUGGUCCUACGCGUUUCGUCCUUAUGCAAAAGGACUUCCUCAGGGACCUCUUUCAAUAACAUACAAUCAGCAGUACAAAACCAGAAAGCAUCCUAAAAAACGCUACCAAUCAAUCAAUCUUAUAUAGGGCUAAUCCCUUCCAGUCAUUGGUGGAAUAGUGGGUGUCUUCUCACUUCUAGAUUCCUAUUUGUCCAAUUUUUCUUCUCCCCAGGUGCAUUUACUUUGCCGGAGAAAAUACCGGGUUCUUUAGGUGUUCGGCCACUUCCGCAUACGUCAUACAUUGCGCAUGCGUCACGUGUUCCGUAGUUCAUCACGUGAUCGUUAUUCGUUCCACAUUCGGGAAACAAACAUGGCCGUGCGUUCCACACCGUCAUAAUAGCUUAAAAACGUAAUCACUUCUCUUACACCUAGUAAUUUUACACAAGGAACUUAAAACAAGAGAACUAUUAGAAUUUAUAUUCAAAAGCAAUAAUAAUAAUCAUAUAUCCUCUAAAAGUUACCAGCUAAAUACUUUUUUUUAUCAUGAAUGUAAAGCUUCCUAUCUAAGCUGAACAUUCAUAAUAUCUGUCACAAUACACCAUAUAUUGCAAAGGUGAUAAUUUAUAAAUUCAUUUCAAGUGUUAACAGUGAUAUUUAGUAUAAUAACAUAGUAAACAAAUCUUUAAAGUGACAUGAGUGAUUAUAUACUCAAUUACACAUCCAUAUUGUGCCUACCAUACUUUUUUGUUUUUUUCCUUUUACCUUUUCUUUUUUCCUCUCUUUUUCCCAAAAAACAUAAAUCAUAUAUCUCUCUUAAUUUAAAAAACAAACUAUAUCCAUAUCUACAUUUAGCCCCCUUGGGGUGAGAGUACGUAGUCUGUGAAUCCAAUAUGACUCUCUUUGUGCUAAUCAUUUCUCUUUAUUGCCCCCUCUCCACCAAUCUCUGAUUUAAUAGAGAACUGUUUCCCUGUGACGGAACUGCUGUAUAAAGCAGUUCUAUCUGUGUUCACUUGUAAACAGGCUUUACAACUUUUGCAACCCUUAAAACCUUUUGUCCCUUUUUUAUUUCUAAAUCCAUUUUUUAAAGCAUAACUUGGUGCUAAUAAAUUCUAAAGAUUUUAUUUUUUCCUGUAGAUAAUCUUUUGGCUUUUUUGACAAAUGUUCCCCCAAAAUGGGGUCCUCUAACAAUAUUGGCCAAUAUUUAUAUAAACUCCUUUUAAUUUUUGGAUGAUCCACAUUAUAUUGUGUAAAAUAAACCUGUUUGAAAUUUUCCCCUCUUCUUUUAUUACUGGGGCCGUCCAUUAGGAACUCAUUCCUGCUUUUCUUAGACAUCAUAUGAAUUUCUCUUUUUAUUUUUUUCUGGUUGUAACUUAUCUAAAUCUAUACUAUGUUGUACUUUUUACAGAGCUCAAUUAUCGUUUCCUGUCUUGAUUUAAGUUGUGACAAUCAAAACAAUGGUGGUUUUGCCUUGUAGUUGAAUUUUAAACUUAUUGAUCUGGUUUCUUAUGUUUUAUACAAUAUUUGUUAUUUCCUUUUUUUGUAGGGAGUCUUUAAAUGAGCCAGCAUGGAACAAAUCUUCUCGACCACCCACAUCUCACUCAUAUCACCAAAGCCCUCCUUCAGAAAGGGCAAAAAUAGAGAAACAUUCCUUCUCCGACAAGUGCUCAAGAUUCUGUUCCAGGAGAGGUAUUCAUUUUCUUUAAAUAAGUAUAUUAUUUUCUCUUUGUGAAUGGGAGGCAGACACACCUGCCUCGCUAAAAGUGUGGAAGAGGAGAGUGCACUUGGUCUGCCAGGCACAAAUGUUGAUGUAUGAUUUCUUUAAAUGAUUACAUGCUAUUAUCCCCUAAGUCACAUUAGUCACCUGCCCAUUCACGCCAUUCCAUAGACGUUUCUAUUUCAGAAAUAAUAUAGAAGAGAACUGGAGCAUAGGAGGAUUUAGCAUGUUUUAAUUUGUUGCUGCCAAAUAUACCUAUACCCCAAUACACACAGCCUGUCAAUUUGAAAUCUGUUUGAAAAAACUGGAGGAACUGCCUCCGUAGCCGCCCCCAACAGUAACUACUCCAAUAAGGCCACUGGGCAAACCAGCAAAUGCAUAGAUUUUUAUUGAAAGUUUUUUUUUUUUUUGUUUUUUUUUUUGUAAAUACAGUAUGCAUUAAAGUCCACAUAAAUAUUUUCAAAUCUGUGCAAUGAGUUCACGCAUUUGCUAACCUGGAUUAUGGAUAGAAUUGUCAGCCAGGCAUACCAUACCAAAGUCCAGUUUUAAUAAAAAAAAGAGUCCCUGUUCAUUAUUAUUAUCAUGAUUAUUUUAUUAAAGUAACAAUAGUAAACAGAUAUUACUGAUCAUCACCAAGUACAAAGUUAAGUGUUAGUACAUGUUCUGCUUGUCUAACAUUACCUUAGCUUGCAAUCCCUACAUGUGGAUGUAGUGGUUAUAGAGCUAUGUGGCUGUGAGAGCCACCCCCUGUUUUUUAAAAUCAUUUUCAAGCAGUUUGACCAGAACCAUUGAUUUCCAGGGCACCACUGCUUAGCAUCCUGCUCUAAAUGAUGCAAUCAUGCUGUGCCAGCUGGAUGGAGGAACUGGAACCUGAAUUUGGAGCAGUUGAGGGGCAUGAAUUAUGUUGAAUAGGCAUUACUGUGAUAUGCUAAUUAUUAUUCUGUUAUAAAUUGUUUGUCUCAGAAUUCAUGGCACUUUUUUCACAGACUAGCAGAUGAGCACAGCCUGUUCCAAGAUAUUGCAAAAUGUAACAUCAUGCAAACUGUAAUUCUUAAACUCACUGUUUCAAUUCAUCAUUAUGUCAAUGUGUAUUACUGUUUAAUUUUUUUUUUUUUUAGAGUUGUUCAGAUUAGAGGUGGACUUUCUGAUUUACAAGUAACGCAUUGCUGCAGGUGAUACUAGCAUGUCUAGUACAGGAGCUUUACAGGAGAUUAGUUUACCAUAGCAUCUUCUCUUCUUACAUACCUACCAAUCUUUCUUGCUGGAGAUGGGAUGGAAUGCAGUUGUCUAGGACCCUGAUCUUUUAGGUCUUAGUCCUCUCUGCUACUAUUGUGCCCUCUAACUCUUCCACAGCACAGAACUGACUGUGCCUUCUCUCUAUCACUAAACACUGAAAGUAAAUCAUUACGUACACCAGCAGUAUAUCUGAAAAAUUACAUUUUCAUGUCCGUUAAUUGAAGUACAAUUUCAUGUAAACUACAAUGAAAUUGUUGUUAUUCAGUCUCCAUGGCAUAAGGGAUAAACUCUUCUCUGGCCAUGGAGCGCAGCCCAUGUUAUCUAGAGAUUUGUAUAUCUAUUUAUCCACGUUGGAGUGUAAUGAAAACAUGGCAAAUAAUUGUGUUUACUGAACCAAUUUGAUUCAUGAUUCCGUGUAAUUUGCUGGAACAGCUCUCAAGUAGACCAGAUCAAAACCCUUUAGCGGAUCACUAGUAACUAGUUGUUUUUUUUACCCAUUCUCCAUAAAACUUUCUGUUUAAAAAAAAAAAAAACUAUUAAUUUUUUUACAAUCUGCAUCUUCUCUUUUGUUUACACUCCCCAAAUCAAUAUUAUACACUUAAUGGCAAAUUCAGAAUCCAUAUUUACCAAAACUAACCCAUAUCUAUAAAUGUGAAGUAAGGGAAGCAAUGCAUGUAUUUAUUAAUAGGUCCCAUGACUACCAGCCAGCUAUAAAUAGUGUGACAUACACCACAGUUCUUACUCUUAAUAAGUGCCAAGCAGGUAGCGGUUAAGCAAACAACUAGCUGAGUUCACAUCUUCAGGUCCUAUUAGCGGUUUUUUUGGGGGGGGGGGGGUUUGUGGCACCUGGGUUUGUUUGUUGCUGCGCCGCCGCUGUCAGGCUACGUUGAAACAGGGAGCUUCAGGCUCUCUGUUGUUAGUGUGUAUAAGUUGGGCAGAAUUUGACACCUUGUCACAAUUACAGUUCUGCUUCUGAGGCUCUGUAGAUAGGCCCAUGCAUGAUGGUAAUUUUGGAUCUACUCUUCUUUAACCCAUGUCCCAUCUCACUCUUUGGGUUUUCACAGGAAUGCUACAGCUGGUGGAGAUAUUUAUUAACGUUUUGGUCUUGAUAUGUGCAUCCGCUUCACAGAGUGCUUCAGCUGGAUUUUCAAGUAUUGGGGGAUUUGGCAGCACUUAUUAUUACAGUAUGGGCUAUUCCAUGAGUGGUUUUCAGGGAGAUGAAGUCAGUCAGAUAUCACAGCUGGACAUGGAGUACAGUAGGAUGAAGAUGCCAACUGUUUACUGUGCUGUCGGUAUCAGUCUUUUCGUGCUCACUCUGACCUUGUCCUUCCUGGCAGUCAGCUGCAUGUCACAUACUGGAGAAAACAGAAAACUUUUGAUAGCUGAAGAAGUGCUAAAUGUGACAUCUGCAGUUGUAUAUAUCAUAUGCAUCAGCAUCUACAUUCAUUUUGUCAAACAGAUCAAUGCCACAGAAGUGUGCAAGCAAAGGGAGUCACUCUAUAACCGUCAUGGAUACAACUCUGUGAACUGUGAUAUUUUGGGUACUGAGGUUACUGUGUGUGUCUUUUCAGUAAUGCUGGUUGUAUUGUACAUUGCAAGUGCUGUUGUGGUAGGACUAAUGCUAAAAACCAACUCCUUUGAAAAAAAUCACAGAAGUUCAGAAUCUAGAAGAAGGGGUGAUUUAAAUAGACAAGAAGGUCAUGUGAAAAUUGAAUUGACAGAAUCCGUGUUUGUAGAUCUUCAAAAACCAGAAGAGAUUGCUUAGUAUGUCCUUAAAAUAACACAAUUUUAUUUAUUUGCUUUUUUUCUUUUCCACUAAGGCCUCAAUUUAAUUAUUUGGAUACAAAUGUUCACAAUCUAAAUAAAACUUUAUCAAAUCAUUGAUCUACAGAAAUUCCCAUAGACUUGAAUGGUGAAUUCUGUAGAUGAAUAAUUUGAAACGUUUUUCUAACAGAACAUAAUUUGAAAAGCUUUUCCAAAAGAAUUACGGAGGCAUAAAUAAGGGGAAAAAAAAGUAUAUCUGUAGAUGUAACUGAGUGCAUGUCCACAGUAGUAACAAUCUACACCCUUUAAAGACCAUUGAUGGUGGUUCUUUUAUAAAGUCUUCAAAUGGUAGAUUUUUAUGAUAUAAUUAUUUCAUCAUUGGUCUUUAACGAGUUUAAUAUAAUGGUUACAUUUGCAUCCCGCCACCUAUCUGUAUUAAUUUUUCAGAGACCAGAAAUUUCAACUUGAGGCCAGAAGAUCAGAGUGCAGGGUAUAUCUAUAGGGUUGGGAUGUCCCUCAUACCUUUUUAUUUAAUCUAACUUUCUUCACACAAAAAAAGCUAAUAACUUUACACUUCUAAUGGGAUUGGUACCAUUUUGAACUGAUUUUCAGUGCAAAACAAAAUCUUUAAAAAUAAUUUUUGUUUACCUUAAAGAGAAGCUAUUUUUUUCACAUGGGGAUUUGGUGAGUCACUUUCCCUAUACUGUAUACAAAUUAGGUUUUCUUUUUUUAGGCAGUGUCCUUUUAUGACCAUGACCAUGUUUUUAUUAUUAUCCUACUAGCAGUUUGGAAAUCGUGCUGCUCUUUUGGGCAAUGCAAAUUAUUAUUUUAUACCAUAACUAGGGUAUAGGAAAAAAAUGAGACCCAAGAUAAAACGCUUGCAGAAGGUAUACAAUCAUAUAUUAAUGGAUGUACAGUGGCACUUUAAUAACAAGCUGCAAAUGUUUAACUGGUUUUCUCUUGUCCAGUGGUGUGCUUAGUUUUACCUGCUUCAUACCACGGUGGAGGUCUGGAUCAACAGGAAUCACCUAUUCCUCUUUCUUACUAAUGCAAAAAUGAAUGCAGAUUAUUUGAGUUAAUUCACUAAACUCGGAAUUCUGGUAUUUACUCUGGAAUUUUAGGGUAAUAUAGCCAAAAUAAAAAAUAAUUCUCUUUUGUAUCUGGGCUUAGUAGGCUUAAAGGGACACUAUAGGCAGAGGAGGAGGAUCCAUGACGUAACACCGGGGUCAGGUAAGCAAAAGGGUUUUAACCCUUUAUUUACCACGGUGGGGGAGAGGGUGGCGUGAUGGAGGCAGAGGGAGCCAUAGUGCCAGAAAUACAGAUUUGUAUUCCUGGCAUUAUAGUAACCUUUUAACUGUUGCUCUUCUGUUGUCAUUGCUCCACAGUUUACUAUAUAGUGAAUAUAGCUCAAUUUGUUUUACCCACUGGUACUCUCUCUAGUCUUAUGUAACAUAAUAAUCCAGUAGGUCUUCUUUGUUUUUGUUUUUUGAAAGCCUCCGAUGCCUCAUUGUGAAUAUGCAGUGUGUAUAUGCUAGGAUACAGAGCUCGGGUUAUAUGAGCACAGAACCUGUGUAAACUUAGUUACACCUGUGUCACUCAUAUAAAGCAUAUAAGUUAUUAAACUGAGUCGUUAUGCAAAUUAGUGUAGAUGUAGGGAUACACAAGAAGUAUCUCAUUGAUGUAAUAACAAUCCCUCAAUGCCCAGCUGACCACAGCCUGGUGAAAACUCAUGGGAGUUUUAAGUAAAUAGUCAGAAAGCUAUUGAUUUAUUAGAUCUGGUGUAUAAUGUUUUGAAAAGCCUAAGCAGAGCGGCUCAGGUGCUGAGUAUUUGUAUGAAAAUAGCUGUUAAGAAUUAUUUAAUUCAUAUUAGAUUAAUAUUUAAUUUCUUAUACCUCAAUGUCAUGAUUACAGAACACCUAUCAUCAUGCUGAUAUCAUGAUUAUACAACAAAUAGGUGGAGCAAUGAAAAACAAAUACUAUAAAUACUUCCCUCUCUUCAAUAUACAGCCACAAAACUGAAACAGAAACAGAGGGAGAUACAAUAGUGUAAAACUGAUAAAACAAAAGUUAUCACUAUAUCUAUAAUUUGCACACUCACAAGGAUAGAGCCAUAAAGUGACCUGGCUCUAGUCUGGAUAGCAAUAGGAUCCUUAAGGGAGAUCCAAAUCCCACUCCAGUAGAUGAGAAGGAUGAUGCAGGAACAAUAACUACUUCAAAAGUAAUAAUUUAUUCCAGAAAUAAAAGAAAAGCAUAAAACAAAGUCCAUAUAAUCACCAAAACGCGUUUCGCCAAAUAGGCUUCCUCAGUUGGUGGAUAUUCAAUGUGAAAAGUCUCUUUCUUCUUUAAUAUGGUUGAUUUUGGCGCCAUCUUCGUCUGUGAAACACACAGCGUCAACUUCCGGUUUCAUACGUGGAACGCAUAACUUCCGGUUCAAUAUUAAUUUCCUGUGUUGUCCGGUCAUGUGAUCGGACGUAGUGCUUGUGGAACGCACGUGCGUUCCACUCCUCCCCACAUCCGCUUCCUAUUUCAAAAGACCGGCGGACAUGACGGUCGUGGAACGCACAUGCGUUCCACCCAUUGGAAUAUAAAGACAAAUAUACCUUAAUACAUAUAAUACAUUGUAAAUAGGAACCAACUUAUGCAAAGAUGUAUUUCUAACUUAAGAAAUGUACUUCCAUCUUAUAUAAAGGGUAUAUAUAUAUAUAGUAAUACAAGGAAAUCCAAUAAGAUAAAAAAAAUAAUAGCAUCAUAAUUUAUAAGAGGUAAUAAAUAGAAAUAAAGAACAAAAGGGAAUUUAUAAAAAUAAGAUAUCAUAGUACCCGUAUAAAAUAUUAUGGAAUAAUAUAAUAAAAAUAUAAAAAUGUAUAAAAAGGAAAUAGUCCUCAUAAUAAAAAACGGUUACAUGUGCCACAAUACAUAAAAAAAAAAUAAAAAAUAAAAAAAUACGUUAUAAAAGGCUAUUAUAAGGAUAUAGAAAAAAAUAAAUUAUAAAAAAUGAAAAAAGAUUUAUAAAAAAUGGCAUAAUUCAAAGUCUUGAUUCAAACCAUUUGGAAUGAGGGUAUUAAAGUUGUAUAUACAUCGCAUUUCUUCCUCACCAAUCCUUUUAUUAAAAUCUCCUCCUCUCCAAUUUUUAGAAACGGAUUUGAUUGCACAAAACAUUAAAUUCCUUGGAUAACUAUUAUGACAUUUUUUAUAAUGUUGUGAGACACUAUGUGUCUCCAAGCCUUUUUUUAUAUUGCGUACAUGUUCAGCAAUUCUAAUAUGUAGGCAUCUAAUCGUUCGGCCAACGUAAAUUAAAUUACAAGGACAUUUUAAAAUGUAAAUCACACAUUUUGAGAAAUAGGUUAACUGAUCUUUGAUAAUAAAUUCUUUUUUAUCUUUAUAUGUAAAUGAAGUGAUAUGUCUUUUGGUGCUAUUGGUUUCCCUACAAGCAAGACAAGAUCCACACCCAUAAAACCCUUUAUUUUUGUUUAAAAAAUGCGUUGGAGGUUGCGUUCUAAAACUACUUUUUACUAAAAUCUGCUUCAAGUUUUUACAUCCACGAUAAACCAUUUUUGGUCGAUUAGGUAAAAUUUGACUUAGUAUAGGAUCUUCUUUUAAAAUUGGCCAAUAUUUAGUAACGAUUUUAUUAAUUUUAUGGUUAUUACCACUAUGGUUACAUAUAAAAGGUAUAUUAAAUGUAUGUUUAUCGGUAGUUCUAUUAUAUGACUUUUUAUAACGGAUAAGGUCUUUUCUAUCAAUCUUUUUAAGUUCUUCAAUGCAGUUCUGUAAUAUUCAUAUAAUAGAACUACCGAUAAACAUCAAGGUAUAUUUGUCUUUAUAUUCCUAUGGGUGGAACGCAUGUGCGUUCCACGACCGUCAUGUCCGCCGGUCUUUUGAAAUAGGAAGCGGAUGUGGGGAGGAGUGGAACGUACGUGCGUUCCACAAGCACUACGUCCGAUCAUGUGACCGGACAAUACAGGAAAUGUAUACUGAAUCUGAAGUAGGAAGCGGAGGUGGGGAGGAGUGGAACGCAGGGCCGUCUUUAACGCGGGGCAAACGGGGCAGCUGCCCCGGGCCCAAUUACUCCUGGGGGCCCAAGGCAGCUGUCCCGUGGGCCCCGCUGCCCUAAAAAAAUAAAAUGUUUCCCGGCCGCUUUAGGGCCCCCCCGCAAUGUAAGGAGUCCAACCGGGUGGCCCAUGCACUUAGGGCCACCCGGUGGGCUUGUACCAGCAGGGGCCCGGUCGGGCGCUGUGGCCCUUUAACAGCGCGACCGGGCCUCUUGCUUUUCGGCACCGCUGGGAGGAAGUGAGUGCCAAGCGUCACUUCCUCCCAUAAAGAGCUGCUGCGCGGGAGAAGAAGGACCUGCACGGGAGGGAGGAGGAGGCAGUGAGGAUGGGGGCUCCUCACUCACAUCAUCCUCAGGCAGCACACUGGAUCCCAGGGAUGCCACCCUCCAGCAAAAGGUAGGAAACUGGAGGGUGGGCUUAAAAUGUAAAUUUUACAUGUAUGUCAGUUUGUCUGUGUGUAUGUGUGUCAGUAUGUCUGAUAGUGUAUGUGUCUGUGUGUGUCAGUAUGUCUGUGUGUAUGUGUGUCAGUAUGUCUGAUAGUGUGUGUGUGUCAGUAUGUCUGACAGUGUGUCUGUGUGUGUGUGUGUGUGUGUGUCAGUAUGUCUGACAGUGUAUGUGUCUGUGUGUGUCAGUAUGUCUGUGUAUGUCAGUAUGUCUGAUAGUGUAUGUGUGUAUGUCAGUAUGUUUGACAGUGUCUGUAUCUGUGUGUGUGUCAGAAGGUCUGUGUGAGUGUAUGUCAGUAUGUAUCUGUGUGUCAGUAUGUCUCUGUGUGUGUCAGUAUGUCUGUGUGUGUGUGUGUGUGUCAGUAUGUCUGACAGUGUGUCUGUGUAUGUCUGAUAGUGUAUGUCAGUAUGUUUGACAGUGUCUGUAUCUGUGUGUGUGUCAGAAGGUCUGUGUGAGUGUAUGUCAGUAUGUCUGACAGUGUAUGUCUCUGUGUGUGUCAGUAUGUCUGGUGUGUGUGUGUGUGUCAGUAUGUCUGGCAGUGUGUCUGUGUAUGUCAGUAUGUCUGAUAGUGUAUGUCAGUAUGUUUGACAGUGUCUGUAUCUGUGUGUGUGUCAGGUCUGUGUGAGUGUAUGUCAGUAUGUCUGACAGUGUAUGUAUCUGUGUGUGUCAGUAUGUCUGUCAGUGUGUGUGCCUGUUUGUGUGUCAGUAUGCCUAUUAGUGUGUAUGUGUGUGUGUGUGUGUCAGCAUAUCUAUCAGUGUAUGUAUCUGUGUGUCAGUAUGUCUCUGUGUGUGUCAGUAUGUCUUCCAGUGUAUGUGUGUGUGUGUGUCAGGCACAUACACUGAUAUACAUACUGAUACAGGCACACUAAUAGACAUACUGACACACACAGGCACAUACAAUGACAAACAUACACUGAUAGACAUACUGACACACACACACAUGCACAUAUACAGACAUACUGACACACACAAACACACACUUAUACUGAUAGCUAUCCUGACACACACACACACAGGCACAUAUACAGACAUACUGACACACACACAGCCACAUACGCUGAUAGAGAUACUGUGUGUGUGUUAGUAUGUCUGUAUAUGUGCCUGUUUGUGUGUGUGUGUGUCAGUAUGUCUAUCAGUGUUUGUGCCUGUGUGUGUCAGUAUGUUUGUCAUCAUAUGUGCCUGUGAGACCGUUUGUGUCAGUGUGUCUUUCAGUAUGUCUAUCAUUGUAUGUAUUUAUGUGUGUCAGUAUGUCUGUUUAUCUGUCUGUGUAUCUGUAUGUGUCUGUGUGUUUAUCUGUGUGCGUAUAUGUAUGUAGUCAGUGUGUGUAUCUGCUUGUGUGUCAGCAUGUCUACCGGUGUCUGAGCACAAACAAUAAAUACAAAUACACCCUUCCAUUCAAACUUCAACAUUACAUACAAACACACUCCUGCAUUGAAAGUCAACACUUCAUACAAACACACCUCUGUGUUAAACAACAGAAUUAUAUAUAAACAAACCCCUACAUUCAAAAACCAGCACUACACUUAAAUGUACACUUGCAUUCAAACUCUAACACCACAUACAAACACAUUCACACAAACAUACUCCAUACAAAAACAUGCUUACAUUCAAACACAGUGCUAAAUACAACCCUGCAAGCAUGGGAAAUUGGUAGAGCCACGGCUGUCAAUGCAUUGUUGGAGUUGCACGACAGAUAGGGUUCUACCUUCUUUCCAACCUUGCAAUUGGGGGUCCAAAUGAAAUUCUUGCACCAGGGCUCUUUCUACUUUAGUUCGCCCACUGCGUUGGGGUGGAGGCGUGAUUGCAUGCUAGGGAGUGGAUCCAGGGGGCCCAAGCAAAUGCUUGCCCAGGGCCCAAUCAAUAUUAAAGACGGCCCUGGUGGAACGCACGUGCGUUCCACAAGCACUAUGUCCGAUCACAUGACCGGACAACACAGGAAAUUAAUAUUGAACCGGAAGUUAUGCGUUCCACGGAUGAAACCGGAAGUUGACGCUGUGCGUUUCACAGACGAAGAUGGCGCCAAAAUCAACCAUAUUAAAGAAGAAAGAGACUUUUCACAUUGAAUAUCCACCAACUGAGGAAGCCUAUUUGGCGAAACGCGUUUUGGUGAUUAUAUGGACUUUGUUUUAUGCUUUUCUUUUAUUUCUGGAAUAAAUUAUUACUUUUGAAGUAGUUAUUGUUCCUGCAUCAUCCUUCUCAUCUACUGGAGUGGGAUUUGGAUCUCCCUUAAGGAUCCUAUUGCUAUCCAGACUAGAGCCAGGUCACUUUAUGGCUCUAUCCUGGUGAGUGUGCAAAUUAUAGAUAUAGUGAUAACUUUUGUUUUAUCAGUUUUACACUAUUGUAUCUCCCUCUGUUUCUGUUUCAGUUUUGUGGCUGUAUAUUGAAGAGGGAAGUAUUUAUAGUAUUUGUUUUUCAUUGCUCCACCUAUUUGUUGUAUAUUACUGUAUUUUGUGAAGGUGAAGGGGAUACCUCACUGGUGUUUUGAGCAAUUUUAAUACUUUGGGAUAUACUUGUUUGUGUGAUAUCAUGAUUGUUCAUGAUAAUCUGCAAUGAUUACCUCUAGAAUUGUAACUAUAAGCUGUUUUAUGGAAUGUAUGAUUUGCUUUGUUUGUCUACAUUCGUGUUACUUUUUAUAAUACAGAAAUAAAAGUAAUGAUUUAAAUGUAGCUUUAUUAAAGUGAUUGUUUUUUUAACUACAUGCUAAUUGUAUCCGUUUGUAAAAUGUCUCAUAACUUUAAACCCAUUAAUAAUUAACACUUGCCCCAUCGAAACAACAAACAAGUUAUGUAAAUGAACGCUGCAAGUGAACAACUUGCUGUAAUAGUUUUACAGCUAACUUUUAAAAUACUCUUAAAUUAAGAAUAUAAUGAAGAACUAUGAAUAUUGUUGACCUAUACAUAACAGUCCGAAUACAACUUCUAAAACACUGUUUGUGUUUCUAAAAACACCUUGGACACAACUGAGUAAUCCCUAAAUCCUGGAAAGUUAUGGGGUACUUGAGGACUGGGUUGGGAACCACUGCUCUGGGGCAAGGUUCUCCAAACUCUGACCCUCCAGGUGUUGCUGAAGUACAAGUCCCAUUAUUCUUUGAAUGAAACAGAUAGUCAGACAAUCAUGGAAGUUAUAUUUCAGCAACAUCAUAAGGGCCAGAUUUGAAGAAUCCUGCUCUAGAGACAUACACUAUUUUAAAAUUAAAUACCAGGAAUAUUCAGGAAGAAAUUGUUUGUAGAAAUACUUUACUAAACUCUUUGACAUUUAGUGAGUGAGGAUAUGAUAUGUUAUGCCCUGCCAGCUCUAAACACUACCGCUGCACACUUGACCUUUAGUAAUCAGCUCAGAGGAACCUGCUAAAACCAGCUACUUUGGGCUUUGAUGUAGGAUGAAUAGGGAGGUGAAGCAGAGAUGGACAGGAUGCAUGUGGGUAGAGGGCUUGAGGAGAGGCACAGAAUUAGUUGAACAUGAAUGUAGACACUGAGAGGUAAGACUCCUUGGUAGAUCCAACAUGGUGUUUUUGAAACAAUACUUACUCAUCAUGAAUUCUAUAUAAGCAAUUUUCAUGUGUUGCCCAUGAGUAUCGGGAAGUGACGUGUCCAGGAAAAUUUGAUGAAUCUGUCAACUCUAAUGGGGACAGAUGCAAAAAUAUCACUCUCCAUUCAUAUACUAUAUACAAACUGCAUAUGCAUCCAUUAACACUACACAGAAGCACAUCCUUGUACACACACCCCACAUCCAGUAUUUACAUAAAUUUGCUAGUAUAGCCCACUUCACUAAUGUAAUCUGAUACUUCACAUAUACAUUCACACUUAUUUACACUGAUUCACACGUUUAUUCACACUAAAUGUACAUACAAAAUACAAACAUGCAUUCACACUAAUGCGCAUUUACUACAAAUACCCGGUUGCAUAAAAUGGAGAAAUAUGAUAACUGCUCUAUGCAGUGUAAAAAUUCACGCUCCAUGUAUUGAUAAGGGUGCAAGAAGCCUCCCUGUCACUUAUAACUGCAGUGAUUUGUUAAAAAAAAAAAAAAAUUGUCUGUGGGCAAGUAGAGAUGUCGCGAACCGUCCGCGAAACAUGGAUGCUGUCCAGGAAGUAGUAGGGUCUGGGAGGGAGGGUCUGCUGGAGAUUGGCCGGGACGUGUCAGCUGACCGGAGUUUGCCGCGAACAGCUCGUGGCGAACCGUUCGCGAGAAGUUCGCGGACGGUUCGCGACAUCUCUAUGGGCAAGCACAUUGCUCUAUUUGUCCCUGGCAAUAUAUUAGUAAAUAUGCAGGGCACCAUAUUGGCUUUGCAGAUUCUGGCCAGAGUUUGUUCUCCAAAUUGUGAAUUGUGGAGAAUUGAUAAGGACAUUACUGGUUUUGGUCAAAACAGUGUAGCAGUAGAACUUUCCAAUUUCGCUUUUUGGACAAAAGUUAGCAUUUCGUUUUGUAUUUUAUUUUCCAGUUUCCAAUUUUCUAGAUCAGGGGUAGGCAACCUACGGCACUAGUGCCAUGCACGACACUCAAGGUGUCUUUGAACGGCACUCAAGGCUGCUGGAGCCAAACAGGCUCUGGCCUAUCAGGAGUCCCAGUGAAACUUCACAAGCUUCACAAUGAAUGUAAAAUGGAUGCUGUCCAGGAGGUGGGAGGGUCUGGGAGGGAGGGUCUGCUGCUGAUUGGCUGGAAUGUGUCUGCUGACUGUCAGGUACAGGGUCAAAGUUUACCGCAUAUGUUCGCCACAUCACUAUUUGUCACAAUUAGUCUGUAUUUACCCAUUUGGCCAUUUGCACAAGGCAAAUUGACAGGGUUAUUCAGGGAAAAUGCAAGGUAAAUUCAAAGUGAAUUUUAAAUGUAUCAAAAUAGCCAAACUAGAAAGAUUCUAUAAGUCUGCUAUGCAUUCAGUUUAGCUACUCACGCAUUUUAUUUAAAAUUUACUUUGAAAUCUUACUUCAGUAAAUAACCCUCUGAAAUUCUCAUUGGUGCCAGGAACAGUUCAAAGUAGAGUAACCAUUUAUUUGUAUUUCCUUCUUGUAGGAGUAUUGCAGUUUGCAGAAAUCACAUCAGGAGUACUAGUCUUGAUCUGUGUUGUUUCAUCUUAUGCGGUACUGAUGGGCUAUACGUCUGGUGCUGGCUUUAACGUAUUCAGCAUCGAUUCUGCAUACAGCCCUUUCCAAGGCACAGAACUGCAGCAGGUACGAGACAUGGACAUGCAGUAUACCCAGUUGAGAGCCCCUGGAGUCUAUGGAGGGGUAGGAUUCAGCUUGUUAGUCUGUGCGUUGACUUUGGUGUUCUUGAUCGUGGGGUCCAAACCAUUAUAUAGUGUUUCUCUCCGAAUCCUCUUUGCAGAGAUGAUCUUUGAAAUUUUAGCAUUUGUAGGUUAUAUUACUGCUGUGGGUCUUUACCUGUACUUUGUCAAGCAGGUAAACACCACUGAUAUCUGCAAGACAAGGGAGAGACUUUAUGCAGGCCGUGGCUACACCUGGAUGAACUGUGAAAUACAGGGAGGCGAUGCUGGAGUGUCUUUAUUUGGCGUGAUUGCUGCAUGCCUAUAUCUGCCAAGUGCCAUAUUGUGUUGGCUGCACAUCAGAACUGUUCGUGAAUUUAGAAAGCUUCACCCGCAUUGCAGAUACAAGUCACAACUGCACAGUCAAAACGAGCCCAACAUUACAAAGGACAACUUGGAAAUGACACAAUUUCAUCCUAGUACUCUUGUAUAGAGGUUAAUAACAAUAACAUGGAACUCUUUCAUUCUGUAGUGAUUGACGUGACACAUUCCAAUGUCACAGAUGGGAUUUACCUGUAUUAUUUCAUUUUAACAAUCUGACCUUAUGGCAAAUUGUGCCUUUCCCCACAUUAACAAUGAACAUUAUACACACUCUUACGAAUAUACUUUGCAGAUGUAGAAUAAUAGCAAAAGUCUUAUUUUCAUUUGUUUUUAAAUAUAAAAUGGAUAAUCAUUUAUGAUUCUCAUGAUUCAAUAUAGUGGUGUCAAACUACGGUACCUAGAUCUUGUUGGACAUCGAGACCCAAAAUCCUCUGCAAGCCAUACAUAGCAGCUCAUCAUCUGGGGGAUCCACAGUUUGAACAAAUAACACUUCCUAAGCUAGUUUAUAGGCUUCCUUUAUGUCAUGCUCAAAAUAAAUGUAUGUUAACAAAAUUAAAUAUAUUUCAUUAACUUGUAAAUAUAUUGUUGACUUUUUUUACACAGUGUAUAUCUAUUCAAAACACUUACUUUCAUUUGCUCAACAAUUGCAAACUGAAUACGCUGUCACGUAAAGCUACUCUCACCGUAGGGAACCUGUCAUAGAGUAUAGCUACUUAGUAGACACCUUGGUGUAGUCUGUUAAUUUUUCUACAUUGAUUUAAAUCCAAAACAAACAUUGACUUAAAGCAGAAAUGUCACACUUUUAUAUAAUUAUUAUUAUUUUUCUUGCAUAACCAGAUAGAUCACUAAAGGUUAGCAAUGCAUUGUGCUAUUUUUCUUAAAAUGCUGAAUUUUUAUAUUUAACUUCCACGGUAUAUCUUGUUGUCCGGGCAGAGCCAGAGCAUAUUAUGCAAAUGUAUUUACCAACCUUGUGUUGUAUUAAAGGGCCAAUGCACAUACCCUGCACUAUGGAAGGAUUAUACAAUCAGCAGAUACUAGUCUUGUCCUUGCCUGGAGAAUCAACGAGUGAUGGUAUUGAUGAUAAAGUGCUCAAGAGGUAGAUGUGUUUUUAUUUACCUCCAGUGCGCUACUCAAUAAAUUUAAUAGCGUUUACUGAGUUUCAGGGAGUAAGGAAAUGCUUGUGCAGAAUCAGGAAAGAAACCUGAACACAUUAAGAAGGAAAUUGAAGAUUAUUUUAUUUAAACUCUUAUUAAAAUAUAAAGAGUAAAUACUUUAAUAUUAAAGCUGUGAGGUUUCUGCGUACCACUAAUUAUGUGGAAUGUAAAUAAUUGCAAUUGCCCAUUCUAGAAUAUAUUUUUGGGAAACAAUGAGCAAGAUGUAUUUCUAAAGUUUCUUAUAAAUUGUCAUAUUAUUUAAUAGCUACUGUUUAGCAGUAAAUAUGUAUGUACUGUUCUUUUAAAAAUGAAAACGUUGGAGCAAUCGUAUGCAUAACACAAUGAAGGUUAAAAUAAAUAAAAAUACAAAAACCAUCUAUACACACAAUUUAUGAUCGAGCAAAAUAACUCGCUAUGGGGCACUUUCUAUCCUGGGGAGAAAUUAUUUUUUGUACAGAAACAAAUGUUUGUAAUAUAGAUUAUUAUAUCAUAAGGCAUAUUUGUUUGUUUUUGUUCAAAUUAGUUGAAAAGUUUUAUGUUAAAAUUAUGUUAACUUACUAUAGUUUAAAAACAGAACAUCACAUCCCGGCUUGAAGAGAAUGUUCUAUUUCCACUAAACAAAUAUCAAAAAUGUAUUAUUUUUAUUGAUAGCUGUCUUUUUAUAUUUUAUGGCUUAUGUUGUAUAUCUGCCUUUAAAAACUUGCAUGAUGUAAUUUAAUAAAAUACUCACUGCAAA